CCAAAAUCUCCACCGUCCAUUCUCAUCUCCCCCAAAAACCUUACCUUCUUCAUCUCCUCCUCCUCUAUCGUCUCCGAGAAACCACAAAUCUCUCUCUCUCUCUCUCUCUUUCUCUCUAGUUCUCUCAACAACAAUGGCGUCUCUUCAACAAACUCUAUUCUCUCUUCAAUCAAAACUCCCACCAUCCUCCUUCCAAAUCGCCAGAUCUCUCCCACUCCGAAAAACCUUCCCAAUCCGAAUCAACAACGGAAACGCCGCCGGAGCAAGAAUGUCAGCCACCGCAGCAUCAAGCUACGCGAUGGCUUUAGCAGACGUCGCUAAAAGAAACGACACAAUGGAAUUAACAGUCGCAGACAUCGAAAAACUCGAUCAAGUCUUCUCAGAUCCACAAGUACUAAACUUCUUCGCGAAUCCAACGAUCACCGUCGAGAAGAAACGUCAAGUCAUCGACGACAUCGUGAAAUCAUCAUCUCUUCAAUCUCAUACCUCUAACUUCCUCAACGUCCUCGUCGACGCGAAUCGGAUCAAUAUAAUGACGGAGAUUGUUAAAGAGUUUGAAUUGGUUUACAAUAAGCUAACGGAUACACAAUUGGCGGAGGUUAGGUCGGUGGUGAAAUUGGAACCGCCGCAAUUAGCUCAGAUUGCGAAACAGGUUCAGAAGUUAACCGGAGCUAAGAAUGUUCGGGUUAAGACGGUUAUUGAUCCGAGUCUUGUGGCUGGUUUUACGAUUCGGUAUGGUGAUUCCGGUUCGAAGCUUAUUGAUAUGAGUGUGAAGAAGCAGCUUGAAGAUAUUGCUCAACAGCUUGAACUUGGUGAGAUUCAAUUAGCUACUUGAAUUGGGAAUUGUAUUAAGAGAAAUUUGAGAAUGGUUUUUUUUUUCUGUGCAAUUUUUUUUUUUUUUCUUCUUCUUCUUCUUUCUCUAUUAAUCAAUCAUAUAAUAUACUGAUGAUGUAAUAAUAAUUCUGAGUUUAUUAUCUUUGUAAUUCGAAAUCGGGUAAAAAUGCAUCGAAAUCGAAUAGAUUGUUUACAGUUUUUA